ACAUUUUAUCGUUGUAUAUACAUACAUAUUUGAACAAUUUAUCGUGUGUGCAGAAGAUGACUCGUCGUUAAAGCAAGUCGUAACGCCAUUUCAAAGUCCGUUUGGCAGUCUUGAAAUAACCAUCGUUCGCCCGAAUUGUUUCAGAUUAAUUCGAACUCUUCGGCAAUCGUCACUUGUUGGACGCUACUUUGCGCUGUAACGAAGUUGCAUUUCUAUUUUUAAUAUGUUGAAGGGAGUUGUAGCUUUGGUAACUGGUGGAGCUUCUGGUUUGGGCCAUGGCACUGUACACAGAUUUGUCCAGCAAGGUGCCAAAGUAGUCAUUGCUGACUUACCGACUUCCAAGGGAGAAACUGUGGCCAAAGAACUAGGAGGAAUUAAUGCAGUGUUCUCACCUAUGGAUGUAACGUCUGAAUCAGAUGUUCAGGCAACUCUAGAGCUUACAAAACAGAAAUUUGGCAAAUUGAACGUAUUGGUGAAUGCGGCGGGUAUCGCAAUCGCGCACAAAACAUACAACAGCAACAAAAAGAUUGCUCACCAUUUGGAUGAUUUUGCCAAGGUCAUCCAAGUUAACACCAUAGGCACGUUUAAUGUCAUUCGUCUCUCAGUAGGAUUGAUGAUUGAGAACACUCCAAAUCAGGAUGGUCAGAGGGGCGUAGUUGUUAACACAGCGAGCGUGGCGGCAUUUGAAGGCCAAAUAGGUCAAGCUUCUUAUUCUGCAUCGAAAGGUGCGGUAGUAGGUAUGACGUUACCGAUUGCACGUGACCUUGCGAAAGAUGGAAUUCGCGUGGUGACGAUUGCACCAGGACUCUUCGAUACGCCCUUAUUGAGGGCGUUACCUGAGAAGGUACGAGUUUUCCUAGCGAAAACUAUACCUUUCCCUCAAAGACUGGGGCAAGCUGAUGAGUAUGCUAUGUUGGUGCAGCAUAUCGUAGAAAAUCCAAUGUUAAAUGGUGAGACCAUUAGAUUGGAUGGUGCACUGAGAAUGCAAGCUUGAAGAAUCUUCAGAAAAUUAUACCAUGUAUCGCUGAUAAUACAUGGUAUAAGAUAUAGAAAUCAUUUUUGUCAUUAUUCCGAUACUAAACAUGCAAAAUAUCAAUUAUUUUUUACUAAUAUUUUAUUACAUUUAUGAUAAUACA